AUGCACCUGUAUGGCCUGCACGGCGGGCAGCGCCACGGCCCCAUGUCCACCGUGGGCAUCACUGACCCCGAAGGGGAGCCCUCUACCAGCACCCUUCAGAAGCCACACUUGGGAGAGCUAACCGUGACAGAUGCCACCCCUGACUCCCUGCGCCUCUCCUGGACCAUCCCCGAGGGCCAAUUUGACCACUUCCUUGUCCAGUACAAGAACGGGGAUGGGCAGCCCAAGGCGGUGAGAGUGCCAGGGAAUGAGGACCAGGUCACUGUGUCAGGCCUGCAGCCAGACCACAAGUACAAGAUGAACCUGUACGGCUUCCACAGGGGCCAGCGUGUGGGCCCGGUUUCUGCUGUCGGUUUAACUGCCCCAGGAAAGGACCACGAAAUGCCAGCCUCCACAGACCUACCCACCGUGGCCCCCGAGCCUCCCACCAAGCCCCGCCUGGGGGAGCUGGCUG